AUGACCAUGACCGCCGCCGCAGUGCCCUCGCCGCCGCCGACUCUCUCCCUCUCGACGGACCGCUCCGAGCAGCACUCCUGCCCCAGCUGCGGCGUCGUCCUCGAGCCCCCGCCUGCCCUUCUCGAAGCGCAGUCCCGCAUCGCCGACCUCGAGGCCCAAGUCCGCCUGCUAAACCAAAAAGCCGCCGCCGCCGUCGACCGCUGGGCCGACUACGAAGACGAACUCACACGCCUGCGCAUAGCCACCUCGCAGACCUCCACAUCCCUCGCCGCCGCCCCUACGCUGGCCCCGACCCCGUCACCCACGCGCACGAGCUUCCUCUCCGGCGGCGCAAACAGGCUGUCCCAGCUCCUCAGCCCGCGCGGCAUGAAAUCCACGCCGAACCUGCGCACCCCGUCACCUCCGGCCGCCGGCGCGGGCAACCCGGCGUCGACGGACGACCUGCGCGAGGCGCUGAGCAGGGAGCAGAACCUCCGGCUGGCGGCGGAGAGCCGGCUCAGCACGACGAGCCAGGAGGUCGAGGAGCUGAGCGUGAGCCUGUUCGAGCAGGCCAACGAGAUGGUCGCGACGGAGCGGCGGGCGCGCGCGAGGCUCGAGGAGCGGGUCGAGACGCUCGAGAAGCGGGACCAGGACAAGCGACGGCGGCUGGAGAGGCUCGAGGGCGCCGUGGGGAGGAUCGAGAGGGUGCGCUCGUUGCUGGGGGAGAUGAAUGCCAAGGACGCGGGGGCGAGGGAGGCUGCGGAGCCGAAGAGGGCGUCGCAGCCGUGA